GCCACGGCUCAGUAUAUGUCCGCCUGUCGACUAACGCUGCUGCAAUCUGCUAAUAUUUUAACAUCUUUGUUAACGGUGAUGAGCUCAUGACAAAUUUAUAAUCACAAAAACAAAUCAAUUCAAAAUACCGGACGAUCAAACCAAGAAAAUUUCAAUAAUCUCUACUUCAUAUUUAUAACAAGAUGAAGUGUUUUAGUAUCAUCAUUUUCAGUUUGUUAUUGGUGACAAUCUCUUUGGUCAGCUCAAAUGUGGCAAAUAAUGAAGAGUCAUACCUUCCUUUAUCCCGCCAAGUUAGAGCCGCUAAUGGUGGAAAAGAUUCCAACUGUCACUACGAAAAGUCUCAAUGGUCUCCAUGUGACGAUAAAACUAAUGUAAAAACCCGUAAAUUGACUCUGAAAAAAGGCAAUGAAAGCUGCGAAAAAAUCAAAACUAUUGAAAAGAAAUGCAAGAAAGCAUGCCGAUAUGCAAAGGGAACGUGGAGUCCUUGUAAUGCACAUAAUGAAAUGAUCAGAACAGAUACACUUAAGGACCCAUCCACAGAAAAUUCUAAUUGCGAGAAGACCAGACAGAUCACGAAAAAAUGUAAAAGCAAGGGACGGGGUAACAAAGGAAACAAGCAGAAUCGAAACAGACAGUAAAAAUUCUACGGAACUUAAAUACAUUGAUAUUAUUAUUAUAUAUGAUAUGCGUUUAUAUACACAGUCGUUAAGGUUUAAACAUUUCCAUUUUCCCAAUCUUCAUUUUUCUACAUACCUAUUUAUCAAAAAUGUAUUCAACCGAAAUAUACUCUUUCUACCAAAAUAUAGUAACAACUUGUAACUAACUGAACUCUUUUGAAAUAUAUUUAUUAAUUGUGAUUUCUUA